GUAGCAUCAUUUGGAGUGGUGGCAGGUCCGAGGGGCUCCAGGAGCGUGAGUGGUCGGGUUUUCGCCGUGGAGUGUAUGACAGCCGCGGUGAUCGCUGCUCAUGAUCACGAUGCCAGACUCGAUCACCGGACUGACAUUUUGCGUCAAGGACAAGUUUCAUGGGCUGCGGUGAGAAGAGGAGAGAGAAAGACAGGAAGACAGGAAGAUGGAGGGAGGAGGAAAGGGAGGAGGAGGAGGAGGAGGAGGAGGAGAGUGCCAGGCAGGGGCACCACCACCAACCUCAGGGUAUUUAUAGUGUGCCUCGUGGUGGUGUAGUGGUGAAGCUUCCUUGCCUUGCUCGCCCACCUCUGCCACCAUCUCCAGCACCUCCACCUCUUCCUCUACCACCGCCAUAGCCACGCCUGCCUGGUGCUGCAGUUCUGAUCGAGUUUGUUGUUGUUUUUGUUGUUGCCGUCGCUGGUGUGCAGGUCCCCUGGGCCGGGGCUGGUCCCCGCAUGUGUGGGUUGGGGAUUGGCACCAAAUGCUGGCACUCUUCCUGGGGCUGGCCGGCGUGGGAAGUGAGGAGGAGUGUGGCACGGAGGCGGCGAGACGAUGGUCCACGUGUUGAGCCGCUCAGUCAGUCUUGAAGCCCAAGCCCCCGCCGCUAGCUGAGGCAGGACCUGUCCCGCUCCCAGGCUGUGACCGCCCUGCGCCACGAGGCACACACACCCACUCGCCGCCCUUUGGUGCAUUGGUGUUACGGUGGAGAGGAAAACUUGUUAAGACUCCCGCCUCCCAGGAAAAGGGAGGUGGAGUGGGUUUGUGAUUUAGGCGAGGCGCCUGUGUACUGUGUUCAGUGCUGGAUGUGAUCUUGUAACUCCGAAAACCCGCGACUCGGAUUUACUGCGACACUCCUCACUUCACGUCUUCCAGGUGUGGUGAUGGGUUAGCGGCGCCCAUCAGCCAUGUCACAACGGGGCACCCGGCCUCGCUCCUGGUGCCCGCGGGGGGACUCCCCCUUGCGGGUGCCGGAGACGGCCAAUCUCCCCUCCCCCGUGGCCACCCCGGGGUUACAGGGACUCCCGCCGGCCGUCGCCUCACCGCGCUCCACGCCCACGCCCUUCAAGCUGCGGCGCCUCAGCAUGGGCACCGAGCGUUCGGGGUCGCCGUGUGCUGCGCCGCCCUCAGCCGCCACGGUGCUGCCCGCGCUGCAUAUGGCUGCUGCCCAGCUGGAGCAGCAGCAGCAGCAGCAGCGACAGGCAGCACAACAGGCAGCUCAACAGAACACUGCUCACACAGAUCAAAAUAUGACUCCGCUCUUCAAAUCACCAACGCCCCAACAGCAACAACAACAACAACAGCAGGAGCAACAACAGCAACAACAACAAUCACAGCAACAGUACCGGAACAUGACACCGACGCCACAAGACGGGCGGCCCCAGUCCGGGGUGUUUUACCCCAUGCCUCAGCACCCGGCCUCCCCGACCCCUCUUCAGCAAAACAAGCGCCCCUUCAGACACUCCCCAAUACUGCUCAGGGAUUCCUCAGUGGAGCCGCGGUCACCUCCUUCCUCUCGCCCUGGCUCUGUUGUCUUCAGGGAGCGGGACAUCUGGUCACCGCCCUCGUCACGGCCCUCGUCAGCCAUGUCGAGGGAGAAAGACUUGCGCUCACCGCCUCCUGCCUUCAAGCCUACGCCGUUUCUGCACUCCGAAAGAGACUUCCGAUCCCCGACACCCUCCCGGCCCUUCCCCUUUAGACAGAAAGAGCGGGACGGUAGAUCACCCUUCAGCCCCUGCCCUCACCCUCUCACCCAGAGACAGAGGAGCUCGGUGUCGCCAGGCUCCUCCGCUCCGCGUGCCCGCCCCACCUCCCUCCACCUGCCGGGCAUCAGGGAGCCCUGGUCUCCCACCCGGCCGUCUCCUCUCGCGCAGCGGGACAGGGACCCGCUGUCGCCGCCAAUGGGCCGCCCCUCUCCCCUGACCUACGAGCGGGAAGCGGCUUCUCCUUCACCUGUGCGGAUGUUUUGGCCACGGGUAAGUCAGUGGGAACAAGUAAACCCACGUAAACUUAAGUAAACCCAAGUAAACCCUGUGUGUCGCGUACUACUUCCCCUAACGUGGUGUUUUGAAUGCUGGCGGCGGUGGUGGUGCGCUGGGUGACAGGUCGCGGGGUGGGAGGGCUGGACGGGAAGACAGCAUGUUUAAUGUUCUUAAACUCAACACGUCAAGCUCAUUUGUAUUUCAACCCAAGCAUGAGGAAGAGAGUCCAACGGGGAGACAUUGCAGCUUCUCUCCUUCCCUCUCUGUCUCCUUCCCUCCCUCUCUUCCUUCUUCCCUGAUUCUCUUGGCAUCGGAGGGAGGGAGGGGAGGGAGGGAGGGAGCUGCUGUCAAGUCUUCCCUUCCUCCUUCGCCAAGUAUUUGUUGAUUCCACGCCUUGUCGUGGGCAUGGCGGAGUGUUUUGUGAGGAUUGCCGCCGCUGCUGCUGCUGUCUCCUCCUCCUCCUCCUCCUCCUCUUCUUCCACUUAAUAUCUGACAGUAUGCGAAAGCUAUCACUCGCUAUUUUUGUUUCAUCGUGUGAGUUUAUUGCUGUCUAAUCUUGCUUCCUGGGUUCGUGUUCUGAAACUCUUUGUGCUUUCAUAAGGACUGUUUACAAAGGCCACAUAAAUAGAUUUUCAAGUUUUCAUGAGUAUUUAACCCACUGAUGAUACACAGUCCUUGUUAAACGAGCACGGUAAUCAUGAAAUUACACUAGAAAGCUCCUAUAAUAUCUUUUAGAACUGUUAUGUACUUGGAUACAGUUUCUUAAUCUACAUUCCAUGUUCUAUACAUUAAGAUAUAAGUAUAUUUGUUCAGUCUGUUUCAUCGGACUCUCUAAGUUCACAUCAAGAAGAGUACCUAAUUGUGUUUGUAUGCUACUGGAAAAUAUACGUUAUUUCAUUUUACCUUACCUUACCUUACCUUAUCUUAUACCAAGCCGACAUAAGGCGCAGAAGUGUUUGAGAAUACGUUCCUUAAUACGCUUGGUUGUGGAGAGACGCGCAUGGCAGCCCCUCUCUGGUGACGGCGUUCCUUGCUCCCGCCCUUUUGCAUUGUUCACCAGUUCUAUGAUUUGCUUUUUCCUGGAUUUUUUCAUUGAUUUUUUUUUAGAUUAGGCUCCAAAUAAGGAUGUUUUCUGUGCCUUUCCUUCUUUAUUUUCUUUCUCUCUUUCUCCCUUUCU